CAAGGAUCGCAAAUGCCACCAUUGCUGCCCAGUGAGAGCUGAGAGAUUGUGUCGGUGAUGCUCUUCAAGAGCCGCUUUCCCCAAAAGUAUGGGUGUCCAGGUUGUAGCCUUGUCGAUUCCAAUAUCUUGCUACCCCCCCUCUGAAUUGUCGUCGCAUCAGCUACUAUAGUACAAUCAUGAGAUAUCCCCAAACUGAGGGAGUUAUUGAGCCAGGACGCCUCGCUCACCAUGUCUCUAUCACCUCCAGAAUCAGUCCGAAGACCGAGUCAAGCGCCAGCUUCGGCUCAAGACACAAUCCAAACUACACCACUGGAUUGGUCAUCAACCGCACCGUCUGCACCGCAAGGUUCCACGAAAUCCCUACUUGAAAAAGAAUCAAAUAUUCUAAGCACAGAUGCUACUACGAAUGUUUCAACAGCAAGUGAUCCGACUAAUGCUCUGACUUCAAGCGACUCGGCUCUAAAUGAGCCAACUGAGCAAGAAAUUGCGGAGAACCCCUGGAAAUACAUUGGCUAUCCGCAAUUCUCCCGAUGGGUCGCCUCAGAUCAAGCAUGGUUUAUCACCCGACGUUUCAGCACCCUUAACGCUCGAGUAAUACUUUUACUUCAAGACAGAAUUGUCGAGCUCGAGGAUAAACUUAACGCUCUGGAUGAGGUCUAUAGUCUGCCCCGUAAUAUUAUCGGCGACGAAGACUUGACGCACAAUGGCUCUUUUCGAAUAGACCGCGAGUCUCAGCGGACAACGGUGUUAAAUGAUCUAAGUAAAGCAUUGGCCCAAUAUAACUCCUUUGUCAACGAAUACUCGCAACUUGCGUCUCGUCCAUCAGUGAGAAUGGAUGACGUGAAGGCCGUGCGUCAGUGGCUAGCUAACCACGAAUCUGCUAUUGACGAUCUUGAGGCUGCCUAUAUCAAUGAAAACCACAACGAUGACCUCAUCCCCGUCCACCCAAAACCACGAUCCUGGUUUAGAAUGGUCCUUGAGAAAUCAUCUAUACUACGCCAUCGCCCACUGAAACGGUUCCUUUCACGAGAACCGUCUGACCCCUUGAUAAAGAAGAAAGAUGAGGGACAAACUGUAUGGCAUAAUGAUCGGCGCGUCGAACGUCUUUCUGCAGUCGUUAUUGGCAUAGUUGGACUUUCGAUGCUAAUUGGACCGAUCUGGGCAUUGUAUGAAGUGGAACCUAGUAAUAAGAGGCUGGGUAUUAUUACUGGGUUUAUUGUGGCUUUCUACAUUCUCGUAGUAAUUGCAACUACGGCGAAGUUGUUUGAGAGCCUGGCAGCCGUGGCGGCGUACUCGGCGGUCUUAAUGGUGUUUAUGCAGAUACAAAAGCAAUGACUAUUUCUAGUUUUGUUCUUAGCUAUAAUGGGG